UCUGUUAUUCGGGACAAACUUUCACGUCUUCUCUCUCUUGAAUUAAGAACUUUCACAUCAUGGAUAAACGCAGAAAUAUUGGUUGCUGUAAUGUCACCUGGUUGAAGACCUUCCACAUGUUCUUUAAUACGAUUUUAUUGUUCUCCGGCAUUGCCAUUCUGGCAGUCGGCAUAUGGGUGAUUACCAGUAGAAGCCAGUAUAACAGCCUACUGUCCAAUGAUAACUAUGUGACUGUCCCGGGACUCAUGAUUGCUGCAGGCUGCUUGGUCAUCAUUGUCUGUGUGGUUGGAUGUGUUGCAGUUAUCAAGGAGAACCGGUUUAUUUUGGUCUCAUAUCUGAUCAUGUUAGUAUUGAUAUUCAUCCUGGAGAUUGCUACCGGAGUGGUGGCUGUCAUUUACAGGUCUGAGAUAUCCUAUGAACUGGAGGUAGGCAUCAGAGGGAAGAUGAAUCGUUAUGGCUUUACUGACGCAGUCACAAAGGCUAUUGAUGACCUUCAGAAAGAGUUCAAGUGUUGUGGAGACAGAGGAAUGGAUAGUUGGAAUAACACGUCAUGGAAACAGAGUGAAAUAAGUGGAAAUAAUUCUGUCCCAGACUCCUGUUGCAAGUCGCCAUCCCCAGGGUGCGGCAUCAGGCUCCACCCAAAUAACAUCCAGGAAUUUGGCUGUAUAAGCAAGCUUGAGAAGUUUUUCCUGGACAACUUAGCAAUACUUGUUGGCGUUGCGUUUGGUCUUGCAUUCUCUCAGGUGUUUGGUAUUGUUACGGCUGUACUCCUGUUGAAAUACAUAGAGCCGUACUGAGUGAAGUCCUGAAGCAAGUCCUAACAGGCAGAAUUUAAAGUUGAGUUGAUAUAGAUACCUCAGUACAGUCAACUCUAAACUCCCUUAUGGGCAUGCUUUUAUGGUCACUGACAACUACUCUUAUUCAAAAAUACCUAAAAUUAAAAAAAUAUAUAUCCAGCCCCAAAGAGUGUCCACAAUAGUUGACUAAUAGUAAAUACUGAGUUGACUAAUAGUAAAUACUGUUAAGAAUUGAUCAUCUAGCAUAAUAUCAAAGGUAAGUAGUUUUUGUAGAAGUAUGACUUCUGGAUAGUAUUAUUCACAAAUUUCUCCCACAUAAAUUUACAGUAUAUUUAUAACAUUUGAUACAAACGGCCUACAAUUGAAUAUAAAUAUCCUAUAACUGAAAGAUAUGGCAUUUCAAAGAUAAAGAUUUGAUCACUUUUCGUGAUCUUAUCCAAGGCCUGUUUCGUCUAGUAUAUAUCUGUCAUCUCAAAAUGUUUUACUUGAAGGAACUGGUUUUCUACCAAAAAGCCAAUAGAAAAUUUCGCAGCCGAAAGUCCUAAUAAUUUGUAUACAUAGUUAGGGAUUUAUAUAGUAUAGCUAGGUUUAAGGUCUUUUGACAGCCAUGGUUUGUAUAAAAUAGUCCAACAGAAUGUCUGAGUAUAUAUUAAUAAUUUUGUUUGUUCCACAUUUGUGCUACAGUUUUCACGUGUGAAGGCUUGGUCUUAAGAGACCUAACGUUGAAUGGAAUUUAAGUUUAAGUUAAUAACAUCACUAGUUUGUCUAUGCUGGUUUUUGACAAAUUUUUGAAUAGCCAAUGUAUCAUACGCUCUCUAAACGUGGUAUGAAGUUUUUUAGCUUUUGUAUUUUGUGGAUUUAAAUGCUGAUAAUAAAGUUUAUCAAUAAGAAACA